AUGGUAACCAUAUCUGCUUCAAAUCUACAGUUAUUCGAACUGACGGCGGAUGCAGAGCUCAACGUGAUGUCGGAUUCGUUAUGCACAAUCAUCCGCUUCUUGGAAUCAAUCGUAGUUUUCGCGUGUGUUUUUACCCUGGUGGGAAUCUGCUUUGAAAGAUACAAUGCCAUCGUGAACCCAGUUCAGUCAAGGAUUAACAUGACAAAUUGCAGAAUCCGUCGUGUUUUGACACUUGUGUGGAUAGUUUCGAUUCUACUUUCGUCGCCAAAUUUGUACCCUGCCACCGCCGUGUUUCACUCCCUUUACUCGGAUUUCGGAGAAUUCACCCGUGUCACUUGCUUCGACGGAUUUUCUGAUACAUUUCGGUUCGUGUAUUUCCUGACCCUCUUCCUCCUCGUGUUUUUUCUUCCCUUGGGAUUCAUCACAACGACGUGCUUCUCCAUCGCGAGAGAAUUGUUUAAAGAGAUUCCUGCCCAGCAAAGUCGAGAUUCGAGAUCAAUCCAUUUGGAACAAGGGCGGAGAAAGGUUGCCAAAAUGGUGCUUGUCAUCGUACUUUCUUUUCUCCUAUGUUGGUCGCCUUAUUUCUCCGUGACCCUGGUGACCCAACUGCAGUCGGAGAACUUUCUCCACGGUGGGCAAUACUUUUUCACCAUGCUGCUCAUCAACCUUUUCGCCUUUGCCAACUCCUGCAUCAACCCGUUCAUCUACUUCGCCAUGAGUACGAGAUUCCGACGGGGUUUCCUGAGCAUCAUGUGUUCUUCCUGCAGGACUACAACUAGUCAGCAGAGGUUGGGAAGCCAUGCCAUGCCAUCAUCCAACCAGACAACUAAUGGCGUGAUGACUCGUCAGACUACUUUCUCCCUUCGCAUCCUAAGCACACAGAGGGAAAGCAUGCGACGUGAAAAUGUUUCGAGAAGAGAAAGUCGGGCAGGAGUUGGGGUCGGGAAAACAAUAAUCAUUUCACAGCCUGCUUGUGCUGAGUGAGAUACUUGGAUCAUGAUGGUCAUACUAAUGUGCCCGACUGACCGGAAUGUGGGCACAAGUAGGGAGAAAGUUUGUCUUUUUUGGUGACUUGUGUCGACAAAUUGUGGUGCCGGGAGUGGAGUGAAGGCAUUGUCUGGAAAAUGCUAAAGGGGCUUUGUGGAGGACAUGUGGGUCUCAUUAUCCGUGUGGACACUGGACGUGACUCUCAACUUUUCUUGCCAUAUGUGAGAUGAAAUGUAUAUCAUUUGUAAAGCCGAGUCUGAUAAGGUGCAUGACUAGAAAGCAAAGUAAAAUAUGUUUUGUAGAUACAAAAUUGAGCUCAAGGUAUUGCGAAUCUAUGGCGUUUAUUGAAAUAAAGUUGUGCUUCACACACGUCAUUCAAUGUAAUGGAGAAAGUUUGAAAAUAAGUUAUCUUUCGCGUGCAUCUCAUAAUUAUUAUGUGAGAGAGAAAACAACCAAUUUUGUACACACGUCGUGUACAUGAAAACAAAUUGAUGUACAAAUCUAGGUAUUUGAAUAAACCUAGCAUCAAAGUUAAUUAAGAUCCUGAUUUGUCGUUUGUCCAAGCCUAUGUAUUUAUGUGUAUGCUCUUGAAUAAAAGUACUUACCAAACCAUGA